UCGUAUUCGGGUGUCUGGUUUCAGGACGCCACCCACGUAGGGCGUGGGGGAGCGUCUGCGGCUGUGUACGAGCUCGCGCGGCCUGUAGACUUGAUUGCGAAGGGAGCGGCGUCCGGACACCAUGCAGAGCGCGAGUUCUCCGGGAGGCCACGUCCUCUGCGAGGACCAGUUCAGCUGCUCCAUCUGUCUGGAAGUGUUUGUGGAGCCUGUGUCCACGCCAUGCGGCCACAGCUUCUGCAAGGCCUGCCUGCAGGGCUACUGGAACCACAGCAAGAAGUUCCUAUGCCCCAUGUGCAAGAAAAGCUACACCAGAAAGCCCGAGAUGAGCGUCAACAGGGUCCUGGCGGAGAUCUCCUCUCAGUUCCAGGGUCUCGCGGUGGCCGGCGGGCCCGAGGGGCCCGGUGCCUCCUCGCGAGGGUCCUCGCUUAAUCUGAGCCCGGACCCGGGCUCCCCGCGCCCCGACACUGGCGAGUUUGCGCGGGACCGGGACGUUCCCUGCGACGCUUGUAUCGGGAGGAAGUUGAAGGCCCACAAAUCGUGCGUCAACUGUCCCGGGUCCUUCUGUGAAACGCACCUGAGACAUCACAAAAAGGUGAAGUCUCUCACAUCUCAUCGCCUAAUCGAGCCCACGUUCCACCUGGAGGACAAGAUCUGUAAGAAGCACGAGCGUCUUCUAGAAGUUUACUGCCGCACCGACCACGCCUGCAUCUGCGCCGCCUGCGCGGAGUCCGCGCACAAGUCGCACGAUGUGGUCUCCGCCGACCACGAGUGGAAGAAGAAGAUGAGCAACCUGGGAAAGAAGCGAUCCGAGCUCAAGCACCUUAUUAAGGAGCGAGCCAAAAAGCUGGAGGAACUCAAGCAAUCUAUUAAGAUCAUCAAGACCAGCGCCCAGAAGGAGCUGGAGGAGAGCUGGCAGGUGUUUGCCGAACUGCAGCGCCUGGUGGAGCAAAGCCAGGCCGAGCUGGUGGAGAUCAUCACCACUAGGCAGCGCGAAGCCGAGCGCCACGCGCAAGAGCUGGCGCGAGCCCUGGAGAAUGAACUGAGUCAGCUGAGGAGGCGGAGCCAUGAGUUGGAUGCCCAGGCCCAGACCGAGGACAAAGUGGUCUUCUUGCAGCACUUGGCCGCCUUGCCCCCCCUGCCCGAGCCCACCGACUGGUCGGUGGUGAGCAUCAACACGGACUUCUACCUGGGGACCAUCCGCUCGUCCGUCAGCGGCCUCGUCGACAAGUUUCAGGAGGAGCUGAAGAGGCUCUACGGCAAAGAACUCCGCAAGGUGCAGAACUACGCCAGUGAGGUCAUCCUGGACCCGGCCACCGCCCAGAAGAACCUGGUGCUGUCCGACGACGGCCGCCAGGUGAGGUACGAGGAACGCAAGACAACUCACUCAGAGGGCCCGAAACGUUUCAGCCCGGCCCUCUUCAUCCUGGGUCGGGAGGCUCUGGGCUCGGGACGCCACUACUGGGAGGUGGACGUGGCCCGCAAGACGUCCUGGACUCUGGGCGUGGCCAACGCCUCGGCCCGACGCAAGGGUGAGAUCAAGCUGAGUCCAGCUGGCGGGUACUGGUGCUUGUGGCUGAAGAACGGCCAGGUGAAAGCGCUGGCCUCGUCCCGCCUUCCUCUCACGCUACCGUCCCAGCCGGCUAAAGUGGGGAUCUUCCUGGAUUACGAAGGCGGCCAGGUCUCCUUCUACGACCCCAAGGCCCGCUUGCACCUCUACACUUUUGUUCACGCCUUUAACGAAAGUCUGUACCCCAUCUUCAGCCCCUGCCUCAGCCAGGAGGGCAAGAACGCGUCCCCUCUUGCCAUUACACCUGUCAAGGUGGCACUCUUUUCGUCCGGGAAGGACCUUUGGAGGUCAAAGUUUACAGACUACGGGCUCAGUAUCUUAACCUACGGUGGUCCCGACGUAUUUGACUUGUUUUUGUUGAAUAAAGAUGCCUUCAUACUGAAAGACCUGACAGGUGGGGGAAAAGGCCGCUCGGUUAAAAUGACGCUGCCUCUCCGCCGUGCAGGGAUGUCGUCCCCCGGGAACCUCUCGGAAGAGCAGGUCCACUGCUCGAUCUGCCUGGAUGUCUACACCAACCCCGUGUCCAUCCCGUGCGGGCACAACUUUUGCCAGGCUUGCAUCCUGGGAUACUGGAAGAGCAGCCCGCUCUACCAGUGUCCCAUGUGCAAGAAGUCCUUCUACAAGAGGCCGGACAUAAGCGUCAACACGGUCCUGAGAGAGAUUGCCGAGCAGUUCAAGGAGAUACGGCUGAAGAGUACGGUGGAGAAGGCUGCGAAGGGGAAUAGGUGGACCGUGGAAAGGCGCAAGGAAGAGGAUGAGGAGAGGCUUUUGGAGGACGACCGUGAAGAGGAGAUGAAGCCCAAGGAAGAGGAGGUCAGCAGAAGGGAGACCAAGGUGAAACCUCCGGCGGAGCCGCCUGCAUCGCCGCCUCCGGAGUCUCCAUCCUGGCAAGAGGUCCUCUGCGACGUUUGCCUCGGCGAAGGUCGUCCCAAAGCUGUCAAAUCAUGCCUUGUGUGUCUGACCUCAUACUGCGAGGAGCACCUGAGGUCGCACGCCACCAGGUUCACCAAACACGAGCUGAUGGAGCCUGUGGCCAACAUGGAGGACCGCAUGUGCCCCAAGCACCAGCGCCUCCUGGAGCUUUUCUGCAAGAAGGACCAGACGUGCGUGUGUGUCCUGUGCACGGAGACUGACCACCGGGCGCACUACACCGUCCCCGUGGAGCGGGAAUGGACUGAGAAAAGGGCGCAGCUGAAGAAGAUCCAAGUGGAUGUGCAACAGAUGAUCCAGGACAGAGUGAGGAAAGUAGAAGAAAUCAAACACUCUGUGGAGCUCAACAAAGCGAGUGCGAAGAGAGAGACGGAGGACAGCGUGCAGGUCUUCUCCGAGCUGAUCCGCUCCAUCCAGAGGACUCAGGCCGACGUGGUCGCGCUCAUCGAGGAGAAACGGAGGCACACGGAGAACCGAGCUCGGGAUCUGGUUACCGAACUGGAGCGGGAGAUCGAGGAGCUGAGAAGGCGCCACACCAACCUGGAGAACAUGGAGAGAACCGACCACAUUCACUUCUUGAAGAACUUUCCAGCUAUGAGCGCCGCGCCGUCCGUCCACGACUGGACCGACACAAACGUACCCACUGAUGUCAGCGUCGGCUUGAUCAGGACAGCUGUGUCCAAACUUGAAGCCACUUUCAAGAAAAUGGUGGACGAGCUGGCGGAUGGAGAGAUCCAGAAGGUCCUCAAGUACACAGCGGAUGUGACCUUGGACCCAGACACCGCCAACCCGUGGCUGCAGCUCUCCCAGGACAGACGGCAGGUGCGUCACCUGGGGGCGUGGCAGGACCUCCCGGACCACGCCGACCGCUUCGACACGGUGGUCAUCGUCCUGGGCAGAGAGGGCUUCACCUCCGGGAGACAUUACUGGGAGGUCCAGGUCGGCGAGAAAGACGACUGGUACCUGGGCGCGGCCAAGUCCUCCGUCAACAGGAAGGGACGCAUCUCUGUGAGCACUACCCACGGCUACUGGGCACUCGCCAUGAAGAAGGGCCAAGGGUACCGCGUGUCCACCGUGCCGCCGCUCCCGUUGGCGCUCAACUCCAAACCAAAGACGGUGGGAGUUUACGUGGACUACGAAGAGGGCCAGAUAUCCUUUUAUGACGUGAGGGCUCGCGCGCACCUUUACACUUUCAGUGACCGGUUGACUGAAAAGAUUCUGCCGUUUUUCUACUUAUACUGCUGCGACAAAGCCUCCGACACCGUUGUCAUCUGUCCUGUCGCUGAGAAGGCCCUGAUUCAGCAAAGCUAAAAUGAGCUCCACGACAGAGGUGACAAAAGUACUCGCACUAUGUACUUAAGUGGAAGUACUGACACAGUAAUACAGUUCUUGGGUCAAUUCCGUAAAGUAAAAGUAACAAAGCACAGACUCUGAAAUGCACGUCAGUACAAAUGUAAACAAUUACGCCAUGAUAACUUCGCACCUCUAUUAUUCAUUUGCAAUCGUGACUCAUCGUGAGAAUAGCGAUUUUGUUCAGUUGUGAGUUGUUAUGGCUUUGUCUUCGGACACAAAAAUCAAAUACAUGAUUUGAAAACGCUCAAGUCAUUGUGUUGUUGUCUUGUUGCACACAUGCAGUGAUGAAAGGGGACAUAAAAAGUCUCCACCCCCCUGUUCAAAUUUUCUGGUUUUUGUGAUAUAAAAGAAACCAAAGAAACACGAGAGUUACUGCACAAGCUAUGAUCCACAAAAGGCUUCCAAAGCAAAAGUAUCAGUCAGGAAAAGGGUACAAAAGUAUUGCCAAGGCAUUCAAUGUCCAAUGGACUGCAACCACAUGAUCUCAGUUUUCAGUUCCAAUGACUUCCCUCGCCAAAAAGAUUUCAUUACAUCUCAAUCAAGUUGUACAGGCUACUGAAAAGACGUGACCCAAAAAUGGAGAUGUUUUUCAGGGGGAUGGAAUAGAGUCAUGGCAUUUCAAUGGGGGAAAUGGUUUUGAUCUAGUUAUGAG